AUGACGAAAAAUAUACAAUAUGCAACGAUCACGCCACCGCCUAAAGAAUUGAUUGACUGCACAAACUUCGUCAUAGACUUUGCUGGUCGAAAAUUUAUUCAUGUCGGGCUCGACGGUUCAGACGAUCUCAAUGUGAUGGUACAGAUUAUAACACCAUCACGUUAUGUAUGUAUAACAAGUGCUUUAUUGCAUAAAAUGUUCAAUAUUAUUCCGUACAUACUAUCGACUAUAUCCCACCAGAAUGGUAAACAGCGUGACAGGUUUUUUCUCAAAGACGAGGAUUACAGUCUGUCACGACGUAAUUAUCGUCUUGAAUGUAUGCUCGUUGUCAAAUCGAACCAUCGGGAUGAAUUAGCAAUGCUGAACAGACAAGAUCUGUUAAGAAUACAAGAAAUACAAUGGGCGAUCAGUGAAUCAAUCUCACAUAAAUUUAACGUCGUACGGUGUUCAGUUAAAGAUCAAAUCGAUAAGUUAGCUACACAUUUAAGUACUAACGUCUAUGUCGAUACCUCAUUGACCGUAGAACAAAUGUGUAUGGCCACACGAAAUAUUCACAAUAAUCUCCAUGUUAUGAAUAUAUUUCCGAAUAGCGAGAACAGUUUCAUAAACCAAAUAAAAUUAUAUGCUGAAAAACAGUUGGCCGUACAAUGGGCGAAUAAUAUCAAAUAUAAUGAUAUGUAUCGUGUUACGAUUGGUUACGGUGACAACGAAACGCCAGAUGUAAUUAUUAUAAACAAUUGA